AUGGGUCAAAUUUUGGCUAGAAUAGUUAAAAGAAAUGAUAAAAUUGAAGAAAGUGAUAUGUUCAGCACGCCAAUUACGCACAACAAAGUUAUUCGACGUGUUGAGAUGGAUCCACGGUCACCAACAACUGCAAUACCACGAACGCCUAUUGAAAUUGAAAGCACACCGAAAUCCAGCGAUUCAUCACCAACACCAGUGAAGAAUAUCAAGAAACAGCAACUGCGAGAAAAGCUGCUUCGUAAAAACAAUAUUUCACCUUAA